AGGGCGGGAGGGUAGGGGGUAUUUCCAUUCACUUCUCUCUGUGCUCUGCUGGGCUGAGGAACUGCCCCGGGGGGCAAGAAGCCAAAACCUACAGCUGCUAUCUACCGGCACUUACACCUAGUAGUAUGGCUUGUGUAUGGUGUGUACUCACUGUGCUGCUACAGGCAGGAAUCCUUGAGGCAGAAAAUAGAAUUUCUCAUGUCCAAGGCAUCAUGGGAAGUAAGAUACAGUUAUCCCCCCAUAUACCUCAUGGAUUUACCACCAGGGAUGUCUUCUGGAGACACCUGUCCCAGACAGAAGAGAUAGUGGCUUCCUAUACCCAAGGGACCACAGAGACAAGAUACCAGUCCAGGUUCUUUGAAAGAGCCCGACUCUUGAACAACUUUACACUGGAGAUCUCUGCCCUGGAGAUGGGGGACAGUGGGCAGUUUGCCAGCCUUCUGGUCGAUACUACAGGACACAUGAGACAGAACCAAGUUCAUCUUACAGUUUAUGAGGCAGUAGCUCAGCCGACAGUCCAGGUUUUUGCAUCCAAUGCUGAAGAAGAGGGGAAGAACUGCACUGUGUUUUUGAGCUGCGUCACCACCAAUGGAAGCAACAUCACAUACACGUGGAGUGCAGACUCAAUGGAGAGUGAUCAUGUGAUUUCAAACGAGUUGGUGUAUGAUGGAGGCCACAUUCUCAAGGUCAUUUUGACUCCGGCAGACCAGGAUAUAUCGUAUACCUGCACGGUCACCAAUCCAGUCAGCCGGCGGAACACAUCAGUUGUACCGUGGAACAGCUGUAAAUUCCACUCAGGAGCAGAUGCCGGGGUGUUUAGCUGCAAAAUGAUCCCCUAUUUAGCUGCAACCCUCAUACUGCUGUUCAUCGCUGUUACUUUCUGGGUUCUCCUCUGCACCAGAACUAAAGGUAAGAGCAGAAGGAAGGAAAAGCAAAAUGUUGAGGGGGUGUCAUUACAACACGCGUCGGAUGGGACUAAUCAGGAUCCAGUAGAGGACGGGCCACAAAAUGUAUAAAUGUCAAGCAGAGACAAUAGAAGGCAAUGUAGAAGAAAGGUUGGAUGGAGCGGGACCCUCACUGUGGAUAAAGAGUAAAAAGGCAGCACUUGGAGGAGAUGCCAAAUGGAGGUCCAUCACAGCCCUGCCCAAUGAUAACACUGGGGAUUACAGUUUAUCAGAGGAACUUGGUAUCAUAACAAGGUUUGGGCCCAACUCAACACUACACUGAGGCAUUAAAUUACAACAUGGUGCGUCAGGAUUCAUAGUGCACAGCUAGACAGGGAAUCGUACUAGAAAUAUUAAUCAAAGACUUGGUCCCAUUGCCAUUUUGGAGUCAGGAAGGAAUUUUUUCCCCUCUGAGGCAAAUUAGAGAGGCUUCAGAUGGGGUUUUUGCCUUCCUCUGGAUCAACUAGCAGUUAGGCAGGUUAUAUAUAGGCAUUAGGGUUGAACGUGAUGGACAUAUGUCUUUUUUCAACCUAACUUACUCUGUUACUAUGUUACUUCUUGUUGAAAAAGAAACACAACACCCAUUCUCCAUCAUUGGAAGCCUCCAGAGAUCCCUGAGCCUAAACAUGUACCUCAUAUUUUUGUGGAGAAGGUUCAAGUAUGGAACUUUUAUCUGGAAGUCAGGAAUUCACUUUGUUGAACAUGGUCAUUUGUCUAAGGAUUCUCUUCUGGAACUAUUAAUGGAUCAGAUACCCUGCAACUACCACUUUAUCACUUUAUUUUGCACUAGAUACUGUCCUAGAAUUUUUUUUACAUUUUUCACACAAAUACUUUCCUAAUAGUUGAUAAACCAAUUUUUAAAAAAAAAAAAAGUGUAUCAGAAACCUUGAAUAUAUUUUAAUGUAUAUAUUGUAUAUUGGAUUCUCUAUUUUGAUAAUAAAAAAUAUUGUUUACUAGA